AUCCUUUCCUCUUUACAAAGCCUUUCUUUUUGUCAGCGACGUAGGCCAUAGAUGCUCAUGUGGUAGUGUUGGCGAACAGUGAACACCCUGCAUUCAUAGUCUAGAAAGAUAAAAAUGACCUUCUUUGCCUCCACUACCACACUGAUAUACUAUUAUUCAUGGCAACCCACGGAAUUAAACGUCUCGCUAUCGCCGGUGCCACUGGCACGCUCGGCCAACUCAUCAUCCAGGAGUUGAGUCAGCGUGCACCGGGGCUCCACACUACGCUACUGGCGCGCGAGGGUAGCGAAGUGCAGGCCCGCUUGCUCACAGCCGGCAUGCAACAGUUCUCCGUGCGCACUGUGGACUACGAGUUGGAUGGCGAACGCGACCUCAUCGCAACCCUCGCCGGCCACGAUGCAGUGCUGUCGUUGAUAGGCGGCGCAGGACAGGAUACCGCACAGGUAGCCCUGAUUCACGCGGCAGCUCGGGCCCGUGUCAGGUACUUUUUGCCGUCAGAAUUCUGCUUGGACACACGCAUAGGCAUGAACCUAAUUGUCAGUAGCUAUGAAGUCAAGCGCAAGAUUCGUGAUGAUCUGAUGGUGACCGGAAUGAGGAGCAUCUUCAUUAUGUGCGGGUUUUUCACCGAUACCUUCCUUUCUGCCGACUUUGGCUGGGAUCUUGACAGCCACACCGUACUGGUGCCGGGCGAUGGCGAGGGACUAUGCUCGUUUAUUGACAAGGAGGAUGUUGCGAAAUACACGGUAGAGGUGAUCAAGCGUGCAGAGGCGUUCAUGGGUGAGGAGUGGGUCAAGGACCUGCGGUUUGCCACUGCCACGCUCUCCUACAACGAUCUUAUUCAGAUGGGCAAUGAGGCCACGGGCAGGGAACUUGCGGUCACUUAUGUUUCGCAGGAGGAUGUUGAGCACACCUUGAUGCGGGACAUCCAAAGGACCGGUAGUGGAGCGAAUAGCAAGGCCGUGCAGAUGCAGUUGGCCAUCAUGAACGGUUGCGCGCAGCUCGAUACUGCAGGUUUUGCGCUAUCCAACAGACUGUUUCCGGAGGUGGUGCCGGCGUCAGUCAGCUUGAGCCUCAGGGCGAUAUUUGCCCGCCAGUAAGCCAGCUUGUCAAGAGGCACAGUUAAUGGAAUAAUAAAAAUGGACGAUUCAAACUAUCGAGCGUAUCUAGCUUGUGUAUCCCAGGGCCUGGCCCAUCUUCACACUCUGGCCAGGAGAGACAUUGAAGGUGAAGGACUCGGGGGCCUCAAACACUAACACAACCGUCGAGCCCAGCCUGAACCCGCCGACCUCCUGCCCGCUGG